AUGAAAGUUGGCUCUGCAUGCAGCACUAUUCGCCACUCUUUCUUGUUGAUUCUUGCGCAAAUGCAUCAGUGUCAUCCUUUUUACGAACCCUGAACAAGGGCGAGCUGGGAAUCAUGCGAGCAGGAAGACGUGGAGGCGCACAUGAGCGCAUGCGUGGCCCACCAAAAUACUCAUGAACUUGACCCACACUCUCUCGCGUACAACAUGCAGGUCUCACGCUUUAGAUUGUCCACAAGUAUCCGGACAGCAUGCAAGGCCAGCAACCUGUGCCCAGCUUUAGUCUUGACACAUGAAUCAGCGAAGCAGGUCGAUCGCGUGGCCGCACAAAGCGCUCCGAACGACUCAACUGUGAAGCUCCUGCUGACGCUAUAUAUGCUUCUCCAGGUGCACCGCGACUUACAUCAGCUAGCAAAGGGGAGUUUGUCAUGCAGGUCGCAUUCAAACUUCAACGGCGCGGGACUGGAUGAAGGAAUACUACGUACCUGUACCUCCAGGGUAACUCACUAUCGAUGCACGUAUUCGUGACUCAAGAUCAUGGAGCUCUUUGGAGACCACAUUGCUCCACGUGCAUCUGCGAAAGCACGAUCUUGGAUCAAAUUCGUGCUUGCAGCGGCCGAGGAGGCCGUGGGGACACUGGACAGAAUACAAUCUAUCUGUAAGCGUACAGCGGAAGAAGAGCUAGGCAAGACGGUGCUUGGUCGAUGCCGUACUCGAACCUCGGCGAGUCGGGCGGGACCUGCAGCGAAUCGCACCUUGUGUCAGAACCAGGGUGGACGCCCGCGGCGCGCGCGGACCCUUGCUUGCGUUCCAUCUCACUCACGACUGGCAGCUGCUCAUGCACCGUGCAUCAUCGCAACCUCAUCAGCCUCUUCGUUGAAUAUUCUCAUCACGCAAGCGUUACGCAUCCGACGCAGAGCAGGCAGGCAUGCAGAUGCGAAAAGGAAGCGUUGGCGGCUUUUGCCCUGCCAAAGCAUUCAGCGCACAUGACACCAUCCUCUCAUUCAAACAAGGCUGCUCCUCUAAGGACUCGAUGUAUACGCCCGAGCCACAUCAGCGCGUCUCAGGCCAUCACAUCUCCGGAAUGGCGAGGACGAAGCGAUUAUAGGCUCGCUCAUGUCUGCGUCACUGCAGCUGCAAUUUUGUGAGUUACGGUCUUUUUGAGUGAGAGCAUUUCAUCAACCGAGACCACUUUGUCGCGCAAGAAGCACGAGUCAAAACCUUGCUUUCAACUACCCUGGCUCGUGUGCAUAUGCUGCGUCGAUCUGUGCGGAUGCUAUG